UUCAGUGUUUAUGUGCGUCGCUCUCUCUCUCUCUUUUAUUAGUAAUGCUUUGGUUUUCCAGUGGAGGACGAUGAGUGGAUCUGUGCUCCUCUAGGUCUCUUACAAUGUUUCGUGGUUUGUUUGUGUGCGUCUCUUUAGCAGUUAUUUUAUGGGGAACGAUUGAGAAGGUCCAGGGGAAAGCAUCCAAACUGUGGCUGCAGCCACUCAACAAGACGUUCCUGCAGACUGGUGUGUUUCCAAACGGGUUUCUGUGGGGUGUUGGGUCUGCGGCGUUCCCGACCGAAGGAUCCUGGGAUGCGGAUGGGAAGGGUGAGUCUGUUUGGGAUCGCUUUACUCAUCAUAGGGAUCCGUCCAGUGAUAGCUACAUCCAAUGGGAGGAGGAUCUGAAGUCCGUUCAGUAUCUAGGUGUGAACUUCUAUGCUUUUUCUUUAUCCUGGACACGGAUUUUCCCGGAUGGCAAUGCCACGGCGAAUCCCAACCCGGCUGGAGUGCAGUAUUACCGCCGUUUGAUCGGGAAGUUGAAGGAGCUUCAUGUGGAGCCGGUGGUGACUCUGUUUCACUGGGAUUUCCCGCAGGUCCUGCAGGAGCGGUUCGGAGGAUGGCUCAACCGAAGCACGGCGGAUGUUUUCGCAGAUUACGCUGCGUUUUGUUUCCGAACUUUCGGUGACGAGGUUCGCUUCUGGAUUACGAUGCAUAACCCAUUUCUCCUGGCUCUCCAGGGCUAUGGGACCGGCGCUCACGCUCCCGGAGUGACCGGAGACCCCGCUGACCCCUUCAUAGCCGCACACAACCUCCUCAGGGCUCAUGCUAAAGCGUGGCAUAUUUACGACAAACACUUCAGACCCCAUCAGAACGGUAAAGUCUCCAUCACCCUCGGCUCUUAUUGGGUGGAGCCUCUUCACGGCCAGGCCACGCCUGCCAACGUGGAGCUCUGUCAAAAGACAAUGGAGACUGUGAUUGGCUGGUUCGCCGAGCCCAUAUAUGGAAGUGGAGAUUAUCCCGAGUCGCUGAAGGCCUCACACCGGGGCGUAAUCCCAGAGUUCAGUGCGCAGGAGCGGCUCUGGAUGAAGGGCACUGCAGACUUCUUCUCUCUGGCCUUCGAGCGGGAGACGCUGAGGGUGGGUAAAGGACUGGCCCGGUUCGGGCAGAUGGUGAAUCUGGACCUGAGGAGCGUUCUGGUGUGGGUCCAGCAGACUUACGGUGAUCCGCAGGUGCUGAUAGCAGAGAACGGAUGGUUCUCUGACGCUUCUGUUGGAGUUGAGGACACUGUGAACAUUUAUAUGAUGAAGAUGUUCAUCUUUCAAGUAAUGCGAGCCGUUUCUGUAGAUGGAGUGCGUGUGUUCGGAUACACGGCCUGGAGUCUGUUGGAUGGGUUUGAGUGGAAUCACGGUUACAGCAUACGGAGAGGUUUAUUCUACAUUGACUUCAGUAAAGCUGAGCGCCACAGAGUCCCGAAGACCAGCGCUCACUUCUACAGAAGGCUGGUCAGAGACAACGGAUUCCCGGCCGAAAACACGCCACACAUCGAGGGACAAUUCCCCUGUGACUUCCAGUUCGGUGUGUCCGAGUCAGUAUUACAGGUGAAUCUGCAUCCGUUCUCGCCUCAGUUCACCGAUCCGCAGCUGUACCGCUGGAACCUGUCGGGCGAUGGUGCUCUCACACCCGUCACUGGAGUCCUGCUUCACACACGGCCGGCACAGUGCACGGACUUCCUGUUCAUCCAGCGGCACCUCUUCCUGCUGGGGGUCACGGGGUCAUCGCACUACCGUUUCGCUCUAGACUGGACACAGCUUGCGCCCGGUGGUGACCCGGCGUCUGUGGACCCGGAGAAGGUUCGGUUCUACCGGUGUGUGUUGAUGGAGCUCCAGCGCAGAGGAAUCCAUCCGGUCGUGACCCUGUAUAGCCCCAGCAACCUCUCGUCCUCACUGGGUUUACCUCAACCACUACACGCUAACGGCGGAUGGAGAAAUACUAGCAUUGUGGAAGCAUUUGUCAAGUAUGCCGUGUUUUGCUACCAUGAAUUUGGAGCUUUGGUGUCGACGUGGAUCACCAUUAAUGAGCCAAACCGGUUAAAUGAGUUAUAUGCUGAGAAACGGCAGACAGUUGCACGUCACUUGCUAUUAGCGCACGCAAAGGCGUGGCACAUUUAUGAUUCGAAGUUUAGACGGAAACAAGGUGGGGCUGUUAGUUUGGCUCUUCAUGCUGAUUGGGUUGAACCAUCCAAUCCGUUUUUAGAAUCUCACAAAUCCGCCCAGCAACAGUUUUUGGAGUUCGAACUGGGACGUUUUCUCGACCCUCUGAUUGGUGGAGGGAAUGAGGGGCGUGGCAAUACUCUGAUUGGUGGAGGGAAUGAGGGGCGUGACAAUACUCUGACUGGCUUCUCCGACGACGAGAGGGCGGAGCUUACAGGGGCACUGGAUUUCAUCGCUCUUAAUCACUUCACAACGUGUUUGGUGUCGCCAUGGAAACACCCGAAGCCACUGAACCUGGAGCACGGCUGCUCAUUGACAAAGGAUCACACCUGGCCGAGAUCGCACCUGGGACAGGCGAUCGUGCCCUGGGGCCUCCGCAGGAUGCUGGGAUGGGUGAGGAAUCACUAUGGUGACCGCCUCCCCAUCAUCGUCACGGCAGCAGGGGUGGAUGAUCAUGCGGUUCAUGACGACCAGCUGAGACAGAGCUAUAUCAGGAGCUACCUGCAGGAGGCACUGAAGGCUCGUGAGUUGGACGGCGUCAAUCUGAAAGGGUUUUAUGUCUGGAGACUUCAGGACCACCGUCAUGAUAUCAAGUACGGUCUCUUCAGCUCCGCCGCUCAUCACUCUCGACCCAAAGCGUCUGUCAGCGUGUACCGGGACAUCAUCACUCACCGCGGGUUCCCAUCCACCGCUGACCAGCGACCUUUGACCUGCUGGGACACGGACAACGGGACGAGCUGCGAGCUCUGCACACGGAUCGCAGAGAACAAGCCGCUGCUGUUCUUCAGCGUGUGUGUGUCUAUCAGCAUGUCCAUGCUCGGCGUGCUCAUCAUCAUCUCUGUGAUGAGGAAGAGGAGGAAGAAGAAGAGGAGAAUGCCAACUAAUGUCAGAGUCCAGCAGAGGUUCGCUAUGAUGAGGGUGGCUCACGGAACAGGACUCCUGCGCCAUUAAACAUUAAAAUAAAUGUUUAUUUGUUAAUCAGGUUUGUAGCAUUGCAUCAGUGUCUCAUCAAUGGAUGCUCUGCAGUGAAUGGGUGCCGUCAGAAUG